AUGGAUCUUGUCAGAUACCUUGGAAAUGCGCUGGAGAACACAAGGAAGGCAUUCGAAGUUUCUCGACUUAAGAAGGAGGUAGAGGAUAACUGUAAGGGCUAUAGAGAUCUUGUUUUUUCCCAACGGCACAUUGACUCUCAGAUGGAGAACAAGGAAAAGAGGGCUCUAGUGGAGUUGGAGAUAUGUAAGGCGCUUCGAAGAUUCCAUGAGUAUAUAUUGAGGGAGAGUCUGAAAUAUACAGAAGCUAUUCAUUUAAGGAUGAAAGGUCCCAAGGAUACUGGAGAUCUCCUGAGUGGCGAUACCAUUGGAAAUAUAGAAGAGAGGCACUAUAAAAAACAAAUUUCUAUACUACUUUCUUGCCUUUGUAAUAAUGUAUACAUGGCGGACAGGUUGGUAGAGUUUGAAGAAGCCCGUAGGUACAGCGACGAUGUUGAGAAUGCGAGGAACGAAACUGUGGGGUCGAUUAAUAGACUCGGGAUGGAGAUCCUGAGAGGAAUUGAAGGGGUGAUCAAGCACCACAGCAAGGACAGGAGGGAAAGAUUGGAUAUGAUGUUGAUGCAUGAAAACCUGAGGAUUCAGAGUUUACUAAGACGGUUGGGGCAGAGGCUGAAUGAGCACGAAGAAGCCAUAGGAAAGGAGAUUAUCAGCAAGGUAUUACUUGUGUUGAGUCAGGGCUCUAUUGAAAAUGACGUGAGGCUUGUGAAGCUUAUUGACAAGACUAUCGAAAGAGCUGAAAAGUACGAGUCGCCUGAGAUAGCGCAGAUGAGUAUUCAGUUUGUUAUAGCCAAGAAAUAUGUGGAGGAUAUAAUUAGUCUGAAAGAGCAACCUUUCCUGCGGAAAUGCUUAGAAAGAAGAAGUCUGAAGAAAGACAUAGGGCCGGAGGAGUAG